UAGUAUGUAUAUAAAUAAAGAAUGGUUAAGGAAUACUAAUAGUGCCUAAAGAUUUCAAUUGGUUGGAUGAGCUGACACAUUCCAAUACUACUUAUUUAAUUCUCUCUUAUAGAAGUGAAAGUUGGUAACUUUUCUCUUUACUGCAUCUUCUAGUUCUACAACACUUAACAUAUAUAAUACAUUACUGUACAUUUUGCCGCCAUUAAAAAUGCUUUCUUUUUCUUCUUCUGCGACUCUCGUCAAACUCACCACCUUCUUCUUCUACUCAUCAUAGACACCGUUCCUUUCUGGGUUCAAUUAAAGAUCAAUUUUGUUCCUUUUCAAAACCAUGUUCGAUUUAGAAACUCAAAGCAAAAUCCCAAAACCAAUCCAAAUACUAUGCCACCAAUUACACACCUUCAAAAAAUCAAUCUUCGGCUUUCUCCUAUGCCUUCCGACCUCUCUUCUCGCUCUUCUUCUUCUCAUCCUUCUCGCCUACAAUGGCGUCUCCGUCUUCUGUGUUCAUCUCCCUUUUCUCCCCAAGACCCCACUCCCUCCUCUAAUCCCUCCAUCUCAGCUCAUUCUUCCCUCCAAUUUCUCCCGCCAAAAUCUCGCCGGAGAUCAUAACACUAAGCUUCUUCUCCAAUGGCCGCCGAAUCCAUCUUCUCCUUCUCCGACGAAGCUUUCUUUUUCUUCUUCUUCUUCAGUGUAUGUUGUUAGAGAAGAAAACGCUCCUCUCUUUAUAAAGACUACUACCCAUUUUCCCAGUUCACCCAAACCCGAAGUUUCGCUCGUUAAACCGGUACCCAUUACCGGUUCGGCGAGCCGGAGAGCCAGAAGGUUGAAGAAGAUGAAACGAAAGCUUCGGUCUUUGACUUCAUCAUCGUCGGAAACGGUGACGACGAAUCAGCCGUUUUCGAAGAGAAUCAAAGAGUUUUUUGUUUCCAAAAACUGCACCAAGCCACGGUUCUUCAUGACAUGGAUAUCGUCGUUGAGUUCUUUCGGCGAAAGGGAAUCGUUCGCCGUGGAAAGCCUGUUCAAGUCUCAUCCGAACUCUUGUUUAGUUAUAGUAUCGAAAACGAUGGAUUCCGACGAAGGAAUAAACCGUGUUCUGAAACCGUUUUCGGAUUCGGGUUUCAAAGUUCUGGCUAUCUCGCCGGAUUACGAUUACGUUUUCAAAAACACUCCGGCUGAGGCUUGGUUUAACUUGUUGAAAACGGGUAAAGUCAAUCCGGGUGAGAUUCCUUUGGGCCAAAACCUCUCUAACUUGCUCAGAUUAGCUCUGCUUUACAAAUACGGCGGCGUUUAUACCGAUACGGAUAUGAUUUUCGUUAAGAGUUUUUCGAGACUGAAAAACGUUAUUGGAGCUCAAACCAUUGAUUUGGAAACGGGGAAAUGGAGUAGGCUAAACAACGCCGUUUUAGUCUUCGACAAAAGUCACCCUUUACUCUUCGAGUUCAUUAAGGAAUUUGCUCUAACAUUCGAUGGAAACAAAUGGGGUCACAAUGGUCCCUACCUGGUUUCGAGAGUUGUUUCAAGAAUAAUGAUCAAUAGUAGUUGUGUUUUCAGAAACAGUGGAAACGAAAAAUCCGAUUUCACAGUUUUGGCUCCUCCUGCUUUUUACCCAGUUGAUUGGAGCAGAAUUCAAAGCCUGUUUUCAAGUCCAAACGAUGAGUUUCAAUCCAAAUGGGUUGUGGGAAAGUUGAGGCAUAUAAGAACCAAGAGUUUUGUGGUUCAUUUAUGGAAUAGACAGAGUAAGAAGAUGAGGAUUGAAAAGGGAAGUAUUUUAGAUUAUAUUAUGUUAGAUAGCUGCGUUUUCUCUUGUAACAACAAUUCAUUAUUGGUCUCUUCUCUCUAAUUUAUGAGUGAGUGAGUUCUUUUACUUUUUUUAGCUAUAAAGGGCCAUAAAAAGAAUAAGAGUUUUGAUGAAAGUGUAAAAAUUGUCUUUAUACUACAGUGUUUUCAGUGUCGUUUAGCCUUUAUUAUAGACUAAUACAUAUAGAGAGAGCAAUGAAAAGAAAAAGAAAAAGGAUUGUGUAAUUUUGAUGUUCAUUCAUAUUUUCAUCACUAUUAUAGAUUUCAAUAGCCAAACCCUUUUCAACUUUUUCUCCUUUUUUAUUCCUUUUUCUUUAAAGAUAUUGAAAAUGAAAUGUUGCAUAUUAUUUUGUUGCACAUUCCAUAAUUAUAUGGUA